AUGCUGGGCUGGCUGGCCAUCACCCUUCUGGUCCUCUCCCCUGCAGAUGCAGUCAGCUGGGUCCGAGGACGCCCCAGCCACCCAGACACACCAUCCAACAUCUACGAGGGAGGCCUGGGGACCCAGCAGCAGCAGUGCCCCAGUACACAGGGAAGCAAGCCCAAGAACUUCCGGCUGCGCCACCUCCGAAGCCUGGCUUUUUACCUGCCAGGCCAUGGGCAGUCAGCCGGCCAGUGUGAGAGCCACUGGCUGGGCCGGCUCAUGGCUGGGGGCAGCCUGCCACGGCCUGAAGGCUCAGCCUGGCCGCUGGACCUGCCCCAGGGAACUCCAGGUCCAGGUAACAGCCACCACUCAGCCCUUCUGGAAGCCCGAAAGCCCAGGGACAACCUGGGAAAUAAAGCUUCCAGUUCCGGCAUUCCCCCUGAGGGCUUGGGUCUUAGGCCCAAGAGAUCCUGGAGGGCCUUGGAGGAGUCUAUGUGUCCCUUGUGCAAGAGAACCCGCUUGGGGGCCUAUGAUAGGCCAUAG